UGCUGGGAACAUUGCACUGGAUAUGUUCUCUGUAUAUAGUUGUAUGCUGGUCACACUGUAUGCGGGUGAAUGUUCCCACAUGGGACUAGGUUGCCCCGGGAGGCGGUGAAGUCGCCGCCCCUGACGGCGAACUUAAGGUGAUUAAGAGGGUCCGGCCCUGGGUGAUGCGGAAGUGUUUUAUUCACACAUCAGUUUUAAUAUAUAUUUCCUUCUGCAUUUAUAGGAGUGGGGAAGAUCUUUGCUAUGGUGGAAUCAGCUGGUAGUCAGGAUCUGCUGAAUUUGUUCCCUUUCACCUUCCCCUGGACUUUGCUUCCAUCUAUGUAAUAAAUAGUUCAAGAUGCAGUAAGAUAAAAUAUAAAUUUCUUGAGUUUGAUAUUGUUAAGGUACAAUGUGACAAAGACUGUUGUUCAAAUAAUGAGCUAAUAUAUUAAAUUCUAUGCUCAUUCCACUGAUGAUCUGUUCAAAAUCGAUCCCAUUCUCUAAACCAAAGCAUGUUUUCACUUCCUCCUUAAUGAUGCUGUAGGUGUUAUGGCGGCUGCUUCUCUAAGGGGCACAGUAUAAUGUGUUCAGACUUUUUUUUGUAAAAUAAUCUUUGAUGAGAUCAAAACUGGUAAUGGGCACUUGGUGAGUGACUGGUCUACCUUGGAGCAUUCCUCUUGCAGGAAAUGUAUGACUUGGUUAAAGGUCACCUGGGUUCAUUUAGAAGCCUGGUGAGCUGUGGCCUUGGAAAUUGGUUGUGAGUUUGUGUUUAUCCAUUUUGCAGAAGGGAAAAAGCAGUUGUCAUCUAGUGGGGCUUCUUUAUGUGAGCAAAUUAAAUUAACUAGUGCUUAAACUGCUACACUAACAGCUCUGGUAAUGAAGAAUGUCCUGCAGUAAAUUUGUUCUAAGCUGAGAAGGUUUACUUAUAGAAUAUAUUUUAAAAUAUAUUUGUUUCAUUUUCUUUUUAGUGACAGUGGCUUGGUUAAAUAAGAUCUCGUAAAGGUAACAUUCUUUAAUCUCCAAAGAUGACAGCUGUUGCAGUGCUAGAGGAGGUGCUGGUGUCCAUUGAGAAUGAGCUGCAAGCAGUGGAGAUGCAGAUACAGGAGCUUGUGGAUAAGCAGCAGGAACUCCUUCAAAAGAAGAUGAGAGUAAAGAAUCUGAUAAAACAGUCCUCAGGAGACUUGGAGGCAGGUGGAAGUAAAGACACUGAAACCUCAGCUGAGGAAUGGAACAAAAAAGAUUUUCCAUGGUAUGAGAAGAUAAAAACUGCACUGCAGAGCAGAUUUAAACUCCAGAAGUUUAGAUCCCUGCAACUUGAAACAGUAAAUGCUGCAAUGGCAGGGAAGGAUAUAUUUCUUGUCAUGCCUACAGGUGGUGGGAAGAGCCUUUGUUACCAGUUACCAGCUGUCUGUUCUGAUGGUUUCACACUGGUGAUAUGUCCUUUGAUAUCUCUCAUGGAAGAUCAGCUCAUGGUUUUGGAGCAGCUUGGUAUCUCUGCAGCUUUAUUAAAUGCCUCAAGCAGCAAGGAGCACGUGAAGUGGGUCCACACGGAAAUGCUGAAGAGGAAUUCACAGCUGAAGCUCAUUUAUGUGACCCCUGAGAAGAUUGCAAAGAGCAAAAUGUUCAUGUCCAAGCUGGAGAAGGCUUAUCAGGCCGGGUGCCUGGCUCGCAUCGCUGUGGAUGAGGUGCAUUGCUGCAGUCAGUGGGGCCAUGACUUCAGGCCUGACUACAAGUCUCUUGGUAUCCUGAAAAGACAGUUUCCCAAUACUCCCUUGAUUGGAUUGACAGCAACAGCUACCAAUCAUGUUUUAAAAGAUGCUCAGAACAUUUUGCAUGUUCACAAGUGCAUUACCUUUACUGCUUCCUUCAAUCGGCCCAACCUUUACUAUGAGGUUCGGCAUAAGCCUUCAAAUAAUGAAGAUUUCAUUGAGGAUAUAGUUAAGACCAUUAAUGGAAGAUACAAAGGAAUGUCAGGAAUUGUUUACUGCUUUUCUCAGAAGGAUUCUGAGCAAGUUACUGUGAGUUUGCAGAAACUGGGAAUCAAAGCAGGGACUUACCAUGCAAACAUGGAUGCUAAAUAUAAAACCAAAGUUCAUAAAGGAUGGGCAACAAAUCAAAUCCAGGUUGUAGUGGCAACUGUUGCUUUUGGCAUGGGAAUUGAUAAACCUGAUGUGAGGUUUGUAAUUCACCACUCUAUGAGCAAGUCCAUGGAAAACUACUACCAAGAGAGUGGACGUGCAGGUAGAGAUGACCAAAAGGCUGACUGCAUUUUGUAUUAUGGGUUUGGAGAUAUAUUCAGAAUCAGCUCAAUGGUGGUGAUGGAAAAUGUUGGCCAAGAGAAGCUGUAUGAUAUGGUGUCUUAUUGCCAAAAUAUGAACAAGUGUCGCCGGGUGCUCAUAGCCCACCACUUUGAUGAGGUGUGGGAUUCUGCAAACUGCAACAGAAUGUGUGAUAACUGCUGUAGAGAGAAGGAAUGUGAGAAGAUGGAUGUAACAGGAUACUGCAGUGAUCUAAUAAAGAUCCUUGAGCAAGCUGACAGCAUGAGUGAGAAACUCACCCCACUGAAAUUAAUCGAUGCCUGGUCUGGGAAAGGGGUGUCCAAAUUCAGGGUCCCUGAAGUUACUCCACCCAAGCACACUCGAGAGGAGCUGGAGAGAAUUAUUGCCCAUUUACUGCUGCAGCAGUAUCUGAAGGAGGAUUUCAGCUUCACAGCCUUUGCUACAAUAUCCUACCUGAAGGUAGGACCAAAAGCCCGGCUGCUGAAAAACGAGGGACACAUCAUCACCAUAGAAGGGAUAACAAACAGCAAAAGCUUUUUCAAGGUCAAAUCAUCUCAGUCUUCAAAUUCAAAAGGAAGCAGAGAAAAUGCCCAGACUGGAUCAAAGACUGUCCAGGAUUCAGUGGUGAAGAAAUCACAGGAACAUAAACGGCCCAGCUCUGGUCCUAACUUAAAAGCAAAGAAGCCUAAGCUUCAGGCAGGUGCAAAUGACCAACCAGUGCUUAUUGACUGAGUAUCACAGACUACAUUUAGGAUCUAAUCAUGAUUGCUGCUCUAUGGACAAUGCAGUGUGCAAGUUCAGUUUGUGCUUUUGUAAUGGUAUUUUUAUUUAAUAAACACUGAACAGGGAACAAAUAUCUUUAAAAACUGUCAAGUCUACAAGGCUAGUAGUGAAGGAAAAAGUGUUUCAUAUCAAAAUAAUUGGUACAUAUCUUAGGAUACAGCAGUGAUUACAAAACCUAUAUAAUGACCAUGUGGGCUUUUUAACUCUUUUGGAUGUGUAGUAUAUAGUAACACUGUAGCAGGUUCAGGCAGCCUGGAAAGGACUGCCAGAGAUCCAGAGGUUUCCAGACUUCCUUCCUAUGGGAGUCUCCACCCAGUGCUCCCCUGAGAGUCCUCUUGAGAUUUCUCUCCUUUGCAGUACAGGGCUUGGUGGUCCUUAGCUCUGCAUGAAGACCCUGUCACCUCCUGUUCCUUUUGCCUGCUGUGCAGGUGACUUUCCUCUUCACCAGUGACUCCACUGCAGCCAGGGCACUGCUUUCCCAGGGCAGCUGCUGUCACCAGCCCCAGGGAGUGACAUCAGACAGCUGGAGACUGGGAUGCUCCAGCAUCCUUCCCCUGGAGCCCUGGCUAGGUCAGAGCUGCUGCUGUGCCAGGGCUGGUUGUUCCAGCCCACGUGGGCAUUGCCAUCUCUGCAGUUCAGAGCAGGAACAUGUGUCCCUACACUCACUGUGGCAUGUUUGAAUGAAAUACUGUAUGUAGUUGAGUGAUUAUGUGUAUUUAUUCCUUUGAAAUAUGUCUGUUGCUCUUAAAAUUGGACUUCUCUAGGUUGUUAUUCAAAUAGAAAUUUAUGACUUCUGUGCUUUUAGCAGAAGUACCUAAAGUUAAGUUUACAAACAAGACAACUGCCAGCCUAGGAAACACUCAACAGCUACUGCUGCCUGCAGUGCAUUCUCAAGGCACAUAUGCUGUCUACUAGAUUCAGUUUUCUUUUCUUACUUUUAACAUCUUAGCCAAAGAUCAGAAAGGCAUGUUUGGUUUCAUUAAUAAAUGCAAGUUCUGGGUGGUUGCAUUUUAGUUCUUCUCUCUUACACUUACAUGUAUAACAAAUAUAACACUAAUAUCAUUAUCUUUAUUCUUCUGGUAAGAUUGUGACAGUGAGUAAAGCCUAUAGUCUUUCACCCAUCCUUUAGCUGAGACCUUUGCCAAAAAUUGAAAAUUUAGUUAAAAACAGUCAUUCUCCUAAAAAAUAUUAAGUGAUUUGUCUGGGACAAGUCUCAAUAUGUACUGCCAGCCUUGUAUUGAUUACAGUAAAAUUGUUCCAAAUUUGACCCAAAAUAAAUAGGAACUCUCAGGCAGCAAGUGCAGAACAAAAUCAAAAGCCAGGAUGAAACAACUGCUGUCCAGGGCUGGCAUUAUCCAAUACAGUGCAACUCUACCCCAACAUCUGGACAGCUGAAGGGACAAGCAGUUAAAAAGUUGCUUUCAACUGACAUCUCAUCCUGGCUCUCAUUGUGCAAGGCUUGUGUUCUGUAAUUAACUGAGCAGCAAAUAAAUGUAUUUCAGAAGUAAACUUAUGUGGGGGGGAAGAAAAGGAGAAAAAAAAAACUGAGUAAGGCCAUAUAUUUGCAACCCACAUUCCAGGCAGCAAAAGCUCUGAGCACCCUGUGCCUUAAAACCCUGUUCAUCUGAGCCAGCUCGACAGAGGUUGUACCAUUCGCUGGUACCUGUGGCAGUAACCAGUCAGUAUUUUGGCAAGAUCAACCCAAAAUCUUAAUAGAGGAUUGCAUUUAUCCCUCAUUGGUAAUCCUGAGAAAAGAGUUUUCUAAGAUGUAUGACUUGGUAUCAAAGCUUCAUACAAAAUGGGAAUGGGGUAUUGUUCAAUCAAAAUAAUCUUCUAUAUCAAUAUCUGGAUUUAGGAGAUCUUCACCAUAGGCUGAAAGAUCCAUUUGAUUUAAAAUUAAGUUUUCAAAAGUUUCUUCCAAGUCUGUUUCGCCAAUGAGCACAGCUCCCAUCAUUCGGCCGUUCUGCAUCACCACUUUCACGUACUCGUGGCCUUUGGUACAUCUCAGGAUCAGCUCGUGGUCUGAGCCCAGGCCCUGAGCAUUGUACCUUCCCAAAACCACCACCUAGCAGAAGGAAAAGGGAAAAGCUCUCAUAAGAACAUUGCAGUGCCUUAUAGCAUUUCUGCUCCUAAGAGUUCUGGGUCUCAGAAGUGAUGCAAACAGGGAAAUAUUUGUCCCCAAUGUCCCUCUCCCCAUUACUGGCCUGCAAACACACAAUGGACUCAAAAUCUUCCCCUUGAAAUAUACACAUUAGUAUGAAUGGAGAAAAUCUAAGCUAGGAUUAAUUACUAUAUAAAAAAACCUGUUUUCUCAAAGCAUCUGCUCAGUGUCAGUGAGUGAAUAUAAGCAAGCAGUAUGUGUUACUCAGUGGUUUACAACCAUCAGACCGUACUGACCUUGUAAUUGAAAAAUUUUGUAAUGUGGGCAAAUAGUUCAAAGCUGAAAUCCAUAUCAAUAGAUUCCCCUAAAGCAUCUGCUGCCAUGCACUUUGCUGCAUACCAUCCCAUCUGCCGAGCUUGGGUCCACAGCCUCAUCUGGAAGAGGAAAUUGGGCAGGUUUAACUCACAAGACCAUCACUGUGCCAUGACCACACUCACUGCAGUGAAUACUCAAACAAAUCUCAAAACAAAUACUUGGUUUUUAAUACUCAGAAGGGCUGGCCAGCUUGGUUUCCAGCCACCUCCACAAAACUCAGUCACCAACCCUCUAGGAUUAUCCACUAGCUUAACCUUUCCCUCCUUGGUGUGUAACUCCCUGUGGGUCACAUGGGCGAGGACAUACCUGGUGCCACACGGGGCUGGGCUCCCACGCUGCUGUGCAGAUAUCUCCAGCUGCAAACACAUCUGGCAGCGACGUGUGCAUGUGCUUGUCUACCUUCAGUCCUCCAUCUUCACCCACAGCAAACUGAAGGGGUUCACACAUCAGCAAUGAAACUAGUCAGAAAGGCAUCCAACUCCCUCCCCCUUCAGCAAUCGGCUGUUCCUUUAUUAUUUACCAUGUGACUAUGCUGAGUGGCAAGAGCUCCAUGGAAGGUGCAAGACAUUACUGUUGUUACUAUUUCUAGAGCACAGGUUUUUAAAGGACUAUGACUGAUACCUAGGCAGGGAAGUCACAGGGUUUGCCAAAUUCGAAAUCACACUGUGUGGUACAGGGACGCCCAGUCUUAAGAGAUGAUUUUUCUUGCCAAGGCAAGAAAAUACCAUUGCAAAAACUUAAUUCCUGAUCUAAGCUUAUAGCAUGGGCCUAGAAAUAUCUUAUGGCUCAACAUCAGAUCUAUGUUUUCAGCAUUUCCUUCUGUAACCAGAGCACAGCCUUUUAUUUCCUAAUCAGGUGGCAUCACUUAACGUGAAAUACCACAACAUCCUGGUUUCGUAUGGGAUCAUUUUUUAGUAGUAGCUUGUAUGGGGCUAUUUGUUGGACUUGUGAAGAAAACAGUGUUAAUAACCCAGGGAUGUUUUAGUUGUUGCUGAGCAGGCACUGAACACAGAAACAAAGUGAUCCUGAGGUGUGGAAAUUCACAUGGCAGUUAUGAACUCUGGAAUCACCAUCCACAUUUGGGUGCUGACUUCUCUCAAUGAACAUGAGCACCUUGGCAGCUCAGUGUCCCAGAUGAAAUGUACUGGAAAUAGUUGCUUCCUUUCCAGGAGCAAAUGUCAAGAUUAGUAAGGUAAGACUAUGGUAUAGAACUAACACUGAAAUUAUUCUAUAUUUUUGCCACAUUAGCCAAUUGUACAGAUGCUUUUCUCUCUCUGCAUAGGCUUAAUACUGCUUAUGUAUUGUAUAUAAAUGCCUGGGGAACAAUAUAAUAAACCAAGACCACAAAUCAAAUACA